AAUUAGUUCGCCAAUUGCCUUGAAGCUGAUAACAACGCGCCGAGAUUUUGAUUUUGCAUUUUUAAAUCUAUUGAAUUUUGUUUCCGGGUGCUGCAAAAUGUGUGAAAGCCGUAAAAUGCUGUUGGAUGCCAGCGAUAAGCGCAAUCAAAAUCCAGAGGUGAUCAUUGAUGCAGCCCAACUGGAGGCUCAGCACGAGUUUACGGAGCCGCCGGAGGCGCCAUAUGCCGGUCGAUUCGAUUCGUACAAGCCGCAUGUCUUUUUCAGAUCACAAAGUUGGUCCACUUUGGGCAUUAUUUUUUGUGUUUUUUACAAUUGUUUUAUACUUGCGCAGUUUUUGGUGCUGCUCAGCUUUUAUCCCGCUGUUCGCUGUCAGCUGCAGUGCAAUGCAAUGUCGAGCACACGGCAAAAGCGCAUUGUCAUACACAAUCCGGGAGCAGAGCAGCUCAACAAGCUGGACAGCUGCCAGUAUGAGGUGGCGCCGUGGAGCGCACAGGUCUGUCAAGUGCGCAUCGAUUUCGAGCGCUUGGAGCUGCCGCAGCCGCGCCUCAAUGCCAGCACGCAGCUGCUGGAGUGCGUCGAUUUUCUGCAGGUGCAGCGUUUUCAGCUGUGCGGCCGCAACAACGGACAGCAUCUGUACGUGCAACUGCAACGGGGCCAGACACUGAAAUUGCACUUCAAAUUGGGCAGCCACUCUUCGCAGUCCACGUGGCAGCUGACGCUAACACAACUCGAGUGUCCGCAGCAUACGCAGCAGCCAGCUGCUGCUGCUGCCCCCCUGCCCACUGCACGCCCCCUGUUGCCCUUCUUUAGAAAUUUACUGCCACGCACCAUAUUUGGUGGCAAUGCUGGCCCUGGUCCAGCUGUGCAGCUGUUCCAGACGUUAACUGCGCCCUCGCUGGCUGAUCUGGAGCUAUUGGCGCCGCUGGGCUGUGAUCAGUAUUGGCGCAGCUCGUCGGGCGGCAUUGUUAGCUUCAACUUUGCGGGCGGCGUUUAUAUGCCCGACCUGAGGUACGCCAUAUGUGUGGCAGGUGCCGCAAAUCAGGAGAUAAGCUACAACAUUGAACACUUUGCCUUAUCCAAAUUCAAUGAUGCACCUGGUGCUGGCUAUGACACGGACUGUCACAGCACUGUUCGAACUUUGGGACGUGCUUCCGACUAUCUGUUAAUACCCAACUCAUAUAUGGCAAAUAAUCAGGCACUGCAGCCCACUUAUUAUUGCGGUAACGAUCUGGCCGGCAACAAACUAAUCGCACGUCCGCCCUUUGUUAUGUAUUUCUCCAGCGAUGCGCAGACAAGUGCAUCCGAAACGGGCUUCCAAUUGACGUAUGCAGUGCAAUCGCAGUCGCAGUCAAAGUUCGAGCUGUGA